AUGCUGACCGCUUGUUGCGACGAUAGGUUCAUCGGCGUUUCAGAUCUUGCAGCAGUUAGAUUCUCGCUGCCGUCGCAGUUGCUCGAGCCCACCCCGAACUUGGAAUACUGGACCUAUAUCGAUGCCCCCAAUGCCUUUGUUGCUAUGGGCACUUCCGAUGACCCUCUCGAUCGAAUGCUCGAGGUCGUACGCUUUUGGCUGACCAAGGAUCUGAAGUAUGCCAAAGGAAGGCCCUGCAAACCAUACAAUUCAUGUCUCGGCGAGUUCUUCAGGUGUAACUGGGAAACUGAAGAUAACGCCCCGAAAAUCGACACUUCAAGCCUCCAACAGACUAAUGGCGCCUCCAAGGGUGGCCUUUCAGCGCUGAAAGUGGCAGCGAAGGGGGAUAAGAACGCUUCGAACGUCUCACUGUCUGUGCCCCAGCAUGGCGCUGCAAAGGACGACAAGCUUAUUCGCGUCUCCUAUCUUACUGAACAGACCUCACACCACCCCCCUGUGAGCGCCUUCAACGUCACCUGCCCUGAGAAGGGUAUCACAGCCCGCGGUUUUGACCAGAUCACUGCCAAGUUCACAGGCACCUCCGUCAAGGUCCUUCCUGGGGAGCACAACAUGGGCAUCUUCAUAACCCUCGAAAAGCGUGAUGGCGAGACUUACCAGCUUACCCACCCGGCGGCCCAUCUGGGCGGCCUUCUCCGCGGAGCUUUGAGCGUAUCGGUCAGCGAAUUCGCUUACAUCACAUGCCCCAAAACCAAGAUCAAGGUCAUUCUGCACUAUGUGGAGGAAGGCUGGCUGGGACGCACAACAAACAAGAUUGAUGGCGUUGUCUUCAAGUACGAUCCUGAGAACGAUGACAAAUCUCGAGUUCAAGACGUGCCUGAUGAAGAUGUCCUUGCUCGGUUGAGUGGUCCGUGGAAGGAGAAGGUCGUUUUUACUCUCGGUCCCAGACCAGUUCAGUACACCAUUAUCGAUAUUGCACCCCUCAGUGUUGCGCCCAAGAUCAUCCCUCCCAAGGAAAAGCAGCUUCCUAACGAAUCUUUAACCCUUUGGGGUGGUGUUACAGAUGCUAUCCACGCCAAACAAUAUGGCAAGGCUACCCAGGUGAAGGUCGAGCUCGAGGAGGCCCAGCGCGAGAAGGCCCGGCAACGUGAAGCCAACAAGGAAACGUGGCAGCCCGUCUUUUUCAAACAUGUCACCGGUAACGAUGGCAAGCCCGAUCUGACCGAGAAGGGCCGCGAGGUCCUUGAGCGGGCGCAAAAGGGUGACUGGUCGCUCGAAGGCAUCAUGUAG